AUGUCAGGGCCUUGGAUUACUUGGAAUGUUCGGGGCUUAGGAGAAUCAACGAAAAGGGAGGCUGUGAAAAAAGCAGUUUUGCAUGUGAAACCAGAACUUCUGUUGCUUCAGGAAACAAAAUUAAAUGAUCAGCGUCAGCAUAUUGUGGAGACUUGGACGCAAGCCUUGCGUAUGAGUCAUGCUGAGGUCCAUUCUGUUGGGUCAGCGGGUGGUCUUAUGUGCUUGUGGCGGGAGAGCUCCAUCCGUGUUUUGUCAGUAGUGUCAGAUGUAUGGUUUAUUUUCUUGACAGUGAUGAUAUCAAAUAUUGAGCAGCCCGUUUUAGUUGGGAAUGUUUAUGGUCCUCAUUCUCUAGCGGAGCGCAGGCUAUGUUUUGAGGCUCUGAAAACACAUAUUCUGAAUCAUGAUGGAUUGGUGUUUCUUGGUGGUGAUUUUAAUGCAGUUUUGUUGGGGUCGGAACGUUCUUCAGGCGGAGUGUUGGAUGCCGGUGAUGAGGCGUUCCAGCAGUUUGUCCAGGUUACUAAUUUAGCUGAUUUGCCUCUAGCUAAUGGAGAGUACACUUGGUAUUCAAGUCGAAACGAUGGUUUGUGGAGUCGUUUGGAUCGCUGGCUGGUAUCUGAUGAGGUUCUCUUAUCUUUCUCUAAUAUUUCUCAAAAUGUUUUUGACUGGAAUGUUUCUGAUCAUAGGGCAGUGGGCUUGUUGUUUGGCCUGCUUGAUGCCGGUCCUAAACCUUUUUAUUAUUUCAAUCAUUGGGCGGAUGAAGCUGGUUUUAAUGAGUUGGUUGAGGCUUGGUGGCACUCUGCAGUUUAUCAAGGGUGGUCAGGGUAUGUUUUACAGCAAAAACUAAAAGGGUUGAGGGGGAAAAUACGAGAGUGGCGCAAGGGGAGAGGGGCCUGGGGAGUUGAGAAAAUUGUUUCAUUAGAACAUAGAUUGCAGGGGGUGAUGGAAGCGCUAGAAAACCAGGGGGGAACGGAGGCAUUGACGAAGGAAAGGAGGGAUAUCCUUGAGGCUUUAUGGAGGGCGUAUAGGGAGGAGGAGAGAAUUUGGCGUCAGAAGUCAAGGGUGCGCUGGUUGAAGGAGGGGGAUAGGAACACAAAAUAUUUUCAUCGUGUUUGCAAGGUACGCACAGUGAAGAAAAAUAUCACUCAGCUUAAAUAUGAAGGUAGGCUCCUAACGACGCCAUUAGAGAUUAAGCAGGCUAUGCAGGAUCACUUUCAGAAUUUUUUCCGUACAUCAGAAGUGCCUAGGCCUUGGCUUCAGAACGUGAACCUCAGAAAAGUGACCACAGCGGAAAAUCAAUUAUUGGAAGCAGCUUUUACUAUUGAUGAAAUUUGGGAAGUAGUGAAAAACUUUGAUGGGAAUCGAGCACCAGGACCGGAUGGUCGCAUCGUGGUCAGCAAGAAGAAAUUAAGCGUGUAUAAAUUGUUGGCUAAGGUGUUGUCUGUUCGCCUGAGUCUGGUUCUUCCUGGUUUGCUGAGUCAGAAUCAGUUUGCUUUCACCGCAGGCCGUCAGAUUGCAGAUUGUUCUUUGAUUGCUAGUGAAAUUGUUCAUUCCAUGAGCUCAAGGCCAGAAGGAGGUUUGCUAUUCAAAAUUGAUUUUGCGAAGGCCUAUGAUAGUGUUGAAUGA